UGGAGAUGGAGAUGGAGAUGGAGAAGAAGAGAGUGUGUGUGACUGGGGCGGGAGGCUUCGUAGCAUCGUGGGUAGUCAAGCUUCUCCUCUCUAAUGGUUACAUCGUCCACGGAACUGUUCGAAAACUGGGGGAUCAGAAGUAUGCUCACUUAAACAAGCUUGAAAGAGCACCGGCUAAUCUUAAACUCUUCAAGGCAGACUUGUUGGACUAUGACUCCCUCAGGCUGGCCAUCGCAGGAUGUGCCGGAGUCAUUCAUGUCGCCUGCCCGGUCCCUGCUUCUGCUCUCACCAAUCCAGAGGUGGAAAUGCUUGAACCAGCCAUAAAGGGGACACUCAAUGUUCUCAAGGCAUGCUCCGAAGCGAAAGUAAAGCGGACGGUCUACAUCUCUUCUAUCGCUGCUGUGAUGAUGAACCCCAAAUGGCCCAAGGACCGGGUGAUGGACGAGACUUGCUGGUCCGACAAGGAAUACUGCAGGGCCACUGAAAUUUGGUAUUACCUUGCCAAGACUGAAGCAGAAAGAGCCGCUUUUGAAUACGGGAAACAGCACCAGCUGGAUGUUGUUGCAGUUAAUCCAGGCUAUGUAUUUGGGCCGGUUCUGCAGCCUACCUUGAACACCAGCAGCUUGCUCCUAGUAAACUUUUUGAAGGGAAUAUAUAUUCAGACCGAGCCUGGUGAAGCGGAUUCCGUUCCCAACAUGUGCUGGAAUAUAGUGGAUGUGCGAGAUGUUGCCGCUGCAGUAUUAUUGGCAUAUGAGGAAUCCAAGGCAGAAGGCCGAUACAUUUGCGUGGCAGAGAAUAUCAUGACCGAUUAUUUGGUGAAGAAGCUGAGGAAUCUGUAUCCAGACUUAAGUUACUCAGAGAACUUCAUUGAGAGUAAAUACGCCUACAGGUUGAGCUCCGAGAAGCUGCAAAAACUGGGCUGGACUCACAGGCUGCUCGAGGAAACUCUAUUGGACUCCAUUGAGAGCUACCGAGAGGUAGCGGUUCUCGAUUAGUUAUGGAACUUCUCUAGUCUGCUGUGAAGUUUCAGAACACUUCUUUCACUGUUCAUUCCUAUAUGUUGCACUGAUAAUAACGACAGUUCAAAUGUUAGUGA